CGCAAAAUUAAAAUCCAAAUUAGAUGCUUUGAUCACGACUGCUGGAUAGUUAGUUACUCCAAUCACAUUUCUCUAAUCCUUCACUCUCUCACUCUCCCACUCACUUUCUCUCUCCUCCUGUCCUCACUCACUGAGUGAUGGGCCGCAACUCACUGAGUUCGGCAGAAAUCGCCGCCUCUUCUGUCGACGACAAUGGCGAUCUAGGGUUUCGUUCGAAUCACGAUCGAUCUCUCUUCAAGCGCGCACAUCCUCUUCCGCACAAUUCCGACGCAUUGAAGUUAACUGAUCGUCAAUUUUCCUCUGCCAGCCUUCGGUACCGUUCUCGCCGGAAAUCGUUUCAAUUUAAGGGGAAUUCGUUGAUUUAUGCCGUCAUUUUGCUUGCGGUAUUUGGAUUUGCGUUCGCUUCUAUGGUUUUGCAGAGCUCUAUUACUUCCGUAUUUAGGCAAGGCGGCGAUGACGGUGGCGCACCGAUGCGCGGGUUGAGGCUUGGGACUGGUUUGAGGUUCAUCUCUUCGGCAAGGUUUCGAGAAGAAGGUCGCCUUGAUCUGCUUAGAAAUAUGCCUUGGAAUGGCGUUAGGCCUCCUAUGCUUGCUCUUAUUUUAGGUAACAUGAAGAAAAAUUCUGAGUCGUUAAUGCUGUUCACCGUGAUGAAGAAUUUACGGCAUAUUGGCUACAUGCUGAAGUUAUAUGCUCUGAAGGAUGGUGAAGCACGAACAAUGUGGGAAGAAAUAGGAGGUCGAAUGACAAUUCUAAAUCCUAGAAGAUAUGACCAGUUUGAUUGGUCCCUUUUUGAAGGUGUCAUUGCAGACUCUCUUGAGGCAAAAGAAGUAGUAUCAAGCCUCAUGCAGGAGCCAUUUUGUUCUGUUCCGCUUGUAUGGAUUAUUCAAGAGGUUAGGCUUGCAAAGCGCCUUCUACAUUACGAAAAGAUGGGCUGGGACCAUCUUAUUUCUCAUUGGAAACAUGCACUUGGCAGAGCAGAUGUUGUUGUCUUCCAUGAUUUUUCCAUGCCGAUGUUAUACAGCUCUCUUGACGGUGGAAACUUCUUUGUGAUUCCUGGAUCACCAAAAGAUGUGUGGUCUGCUGAAAGCUAUCUUAAAAUCCACUCCAGAAAUGAUUUGCGAAAGAGCAAUGGUUAUGAUGCAGAUGAUGUGCUGAUUGUGGUUCUUGGGAGUUCCGUUUUCUACAAUGAACUAUCUUGGGAUUACGCUGUUGCAAUGCAUACUAUUGGACCCCUUCUUGCCAAGUAUGCGAAGGGGAAGGAUGCUGCUGGAUCCUUUAAAUUCAUUUUUUUAUGUGGAAACACCAGUAACGGAUCUAAUGAUGCUUUAGAGGGUGUUGCAGCUCACCUUAGACUUAGUCCAGGUUCCAUGAGGCACUAUAGCCUGGACCAUGAUGUGAAUGGAGUAAUGUUGAUGGCUGACAUAGUUCUAUAUGGAUCAUCACAAGAGGAAGAAGCCUUCCCAUCAUUGCUAAUCAGAGCAAUGUCCUUUGGGAUUCCUGUUGUUGUACCUGAUCUUCCAGUCAUAACCCAACACGUUGCUGAUGGUGUUCAUGGAAUGAUUUUCUCUAAACACAAUCCAGAUGAUCUGCUGAGAAUCUUCUCGCAUUUAAUAUCAAGUGAAGGGAAAAUCUCUGAAUUUGCUGGUUCAGUUGGUUCUGCUGGGAAGCUUCUCGCUAGGAACUUAUUAGCUUUUGAAUCCAUAACUGGCCAUGCAAAGCUUAUGGAAAACGUGGUUAAUUUUCCUUCCGAUGCAAUGCUUCCUUCUCCGGUAUCUCAAAUUCAAGAGGACUCAUGGGAAUGGAACUCCUUUAGUGAAGUAAUGGAACAGACUGCUGAUGACAUGAUAAGUAUUGACGAGGAAGGCAAUAUAGUAGAAGGUUCUAACAUUGUCCAAUUGCUUGAGGAAGAUUUCAAUAGUUAUGUAACCUUAAGAAAUAUAUCUGUGGAGAACAGUGACAUCACAGAACGGGAUCUUUUGAGUACAGAAGAUUUUGAUGGUGUCGAACAAAUUGCAAGUUUGGAAGAGUUUGAGAGGCGAGAAAUGGAUCAGAUCGACGAGAGAAUGGAGAAGGACCCUGGUGCUUGGGAUGAGAUAUACCGAAAUGCUCGUAAGUCUGAGAAACUUAGGUUUGAAGCAAAUGAAAGGGAUGAUGGAGAACUACAAAGAACAGGUCGUCUGUUGUGCAUUUAUGAAGUUUAUACUGGUGCUGGAACUUGGCCACUUUUGCAUCAUGGCUCCUUGUAUCGUGGUUUAAGUCUUUCUAGAAAAACACGAAGGUCAAGCUCAGACGACGUGGAUGCAGCUUAUAGGCUUCCCAUUUUAAAUGACCCCCACUACCGGGAUCUUCUCUGUGAAAUGGGGGGCAUGUUUUCUAUUGCAUAUAGGGUGGAUGAUAUUCACAAGAGACCAUGGGUUGGGUUUCAGUCAUGGAAAGCUUCUGGUAGACAGGUUUCACUGUCAUUGAAAGCAGAAAGAGCUCUUGAAGAAACAAUACAGCAUCAAACCAAUGGAGAUGCCAUAUACUUUUGGACACGAUUGGACAUGGAUCUUGGUCUUUUAGGAAGCAACAGCUUGGUUUCCUUUUGGUCAAUAUGUGAUAUCUUAAAUGGAGGAUACUGCAGAACAGCUUUUGAAAAUGCUUUCCGACGUAUGUAUGGUUUGCCUUCAAGUGUUGAUGCGCUUCCCCCGAUGCCCGAGGACUCCGGCCAUUGGUCUGCCUUGCACAGUUGGGUCAUGCCAACAUCUUCCUUUCUGGAAUUUAUGAUGUUUACCAGGAUGUUUGUCGAUUCUCUUGAUGCUAUACACAGUGACAGCAGUAGAAUAAAAAAAUGUCCACUGGGAAUUUCAGAAGUUGAGAAAAAACACUGUUACUGCCGGGUUUUGGAGCUUCUAGUCAAUGUCUGGGCAUAUCAUAGUGCACGGAGGAUGGUAUACAUUGAUCCAAAUACAGGUCUGCUUGAAGAGCAGCAUCCAGUAGACCUACGGAAAGGAUCUAUGUGGGUUAAAUACUUUAACUUUACACUGUUAAAAAUUAUGGAUGAAGACCUUGCAGAAGCAUCAGAUGAUGGUGACCUGCAACAUGAAGCCUGGUUGUGGCCACUGACGGGGGAAGUGCAUUGGCAAGGUAUAUACGAAAGAGAAAGGGAGCAAAGAUAUAGGAUAAAGAUGGACAAAAAACGGAAAAUUAAGGAGAAACUAUUUGAGAGGAUGAAGUAUGGGUAUAGACAGAAAUCUCUAGGAGGAUAAUAAAUCUCUAGUGCUGCAUACAGCCUAAAAUUUGUUAUUGGAAGGCACAGAUCCCCCGCCUAAGUACCUGAGCAUGUUUUUAACUUCGUUGGGAAAGGAUUAAGCCAACCAAUGCCAACGACAUUCUUUGCUAACCACCUUAACAGAUCGCUCGUUCAUGUGCAUAUAUAUUCAUUUUAUCGGGGGUAACUAACUUUCAGAGUAUGGAGUGGAACAGAUGAUUUAUUGCCAAGAGCUUCUUGAUAUCCGGUUGCUGAAUUUCUAAUAGCGGCAUAUACAUGAAGGUAAUUAAGGUUGAGAGAAGCAAGACAUUCGUUGAUUAUAUUUGCUUAAUAAUCAAUGCUGAAUGAACGUGUAUAGUAAGUAGUCUCCUGCAAUUGUAUAUGUAGUAUAUGCCAGAUUGCUGACGGCAUGAUAUGCAAAUUUUGAUACGAUAGGCUACUUUAUUUCUUAAUGUAACAUUGAGUCCUCUUCCUA